AGUGGAAAAAUGAAGUUUAAAAACUUGAAAAAUGUGAGAUUGCCAAUUUGCUGACUUAGAGAUGAAAAGCCCAAAGCCCGUUAACAGGCGGGCCCCCAAUUUUAUUUGAUUUUGGUGCAAAUCUAAGUUUCCUUUUGUAGGUUGAAAUCGAGUCUGAAAGCCCUUGUUGCAAUUUGGGGAAGACGAGAUGAGAGGGAUGAUGAGCCUGAUUUUACUACGUCGUUUAGCUGCUCGAUCGUCUUCCAUCACCCACAACAACACCAUACUCUCCUCCUCCGCCGCCGCCGCCGCCGCCGCCGCCGUGGACCCUGCUCUCCUCAAUCAUUCACGGAACUUCUUCUCUCCACCGUCCUCAGAUGAAUCUUUCACACCUUUUUCCGUUAAGUCAAUCAGACACUUUGGUCAAGCGGCAAAGUUGGAGGAUGAAGAUGAAGAAGUAGAGAUUGACCAAAGAAGGCUCCCAGCUGAUUAUGAUCCCGCAAACUUUGACCCUACGGAGCAUCGUAGUCCCCCAACCGAUAGGGUAUGGAGUCUCGUCGAUGAAAUAUCUGGACUCACGCUCGUUGAAACUGCUGAGCUUUCUACUAUAAUGAUGAGGAAAUUAGGUAUGAAGGAGAUGCCUGUUGUUGGUGUAAUGAAGCCAGGUGCUGCUGGAGUGGCCAUGAAUAAUACUGGAGCAGCAGCAGCUAAGGAAGAAAAGAAGCCCGAAAAGACGGCCUUUGAGCUCAAGAUUGAGUCUUAUGAUGCAGCUUCAAAGCUCAAGGUCAUUAAAGAGAUACGGAGUUUUACAGACUUGGGAUUAAAGGAAGCUAAGGAUUUGGUUGAGAAAACUCCUUCUGUUCUUAAGAAGGGAGUUUCUAAGGAAGAAGCCGAGAAAAUUAUUGAGAAGAUGAAAGCUGUAGGGGCAGUAGUGGUUAUGGACUGAUUUCUUGCACUUUACGUUAGUCCCUCUCUCUCUCUCUUUUCUUUUUUUUUUUUUUUUUUUUUUUUGACACUGUUUUAUGAAAACGGUCCAGAAUCACUGGUUCAUUUACAAUCUUGAUGUGGCGAUGAUGUAUGUUCGACAUCCUAAAAAUUGUUCCAGAAGAGGAAUUUGGUUCUGGAUUUUGUUCUCUUGGUUUUGAGUGUUGGAACUAAAAUUAAGAUGUUAUGUUUACAAGUUCCUUAACCAUGUAAUGUAGUUCUGUUGCUAUAUCUACUGCCUUGAUUGAUAAUUACAAUUCAUUCUUAG